AUGGAUUGGUUUCACUGCAAUCAAUGCUUCCGAAAAGAUGGCACUCAUUUCUUUGUAACCAGCUGUGGCCAUAUUUUCUGUAAAAAAUGUGUGACUAAAGAAAAAUGUGCUGUAUGUGGAGCUGCCUGCAAGCAUCUGGCUCUCUCUGAUAAUCUGAAACCUCAGGAGAAGAUGUUUUUUAAGAGCCCUGUGGAGACAGCUCUGAAGUAUUUUAGUCACAUCUCUCAGCAGGUUUGGAGUUUCCAGAAGAAACAGACAGAUCUGCUUAUCACUUUUUAUAAACACAGACUUUCUAAGUCAGAAGCCGCCAUGCAGGAGGCCCAACGAACAGUAGCCAGUCAGGACAAGGAACUCGUAGUCCUAAGGAAGGAAAAUGGGGAGCUGAAGAAGUUCCUGGCCAUCCUGAAGGAGUCUCCUAGCCGAUGCCAAGGAAGCAGGUCUACCACACCCCGGCCAAUAGGCAUCACUUCCCCGUCACAAUCAGUUACUCCACGACUCAGUUCCCAGCACAGCAACCAGGUGGUCAGUCGAUCUUCUUCCUUGGAAUCCAUUCCAUACAGAGUGCCUGGCUUUGGUAGCUUUGGUCAGCAGGGGAACAGAGGCCUGCAGGGAAGAAAUACUCCCAGGGAAUCUUAUACCGACAGUCCUUCGCCAGCUUCUACUAACAGCCUAUCCUAUUGGGCUCUCUCUGCUUCUUCAGGACCAGGGAUUUCCUCUGUCAGGCCUUAUCCAGAUGGUGUUGGUGGGAAUACAGGUCUCACACCCAGCCAUUCAAGCCAGAGUGUUGGUAGAUCAGCACCAGGGACUCCUGUGGCUCUCCAGCUACCAGUCUUGCAGCUCCAGGUUACCCCCCAGACACCUCAGUUACAUCAAACUAGGUUUUCCACCAACAGAGGCAGAUGCAAUUAGUCAGGAAGAGUGAAGCACGGACCUUUCCCUGCUCCUGGAUCAGCGUCUCC